AUGCCUCGCGGAACUGCUAAACGCUCCCUCGAGGAGCUCGCCAACAUGUCUGACUCUGCAGACGAAGACUGGAGUGAUGGUACCGAUCGCGCACCUCGCAGACGUAAUCGCAAAAGUCAAGCUAGUCCUAAAAAGAGGUCGCGGCCGGCCAAGAGGCGUCGCAGAAGUUCGGAUAGUGAUAUUGUCUCCGAUGGCGCCAGCCUGGACGAAGAUCUAUCAGUGAGCGAGUCCGAAGAGGAUCAGGACGACCCAAAUGUCCCACGAAAUGCGCGUGGAACAGCGCGCCGACGAACCACCCAGUCCAAAACCUACCAAGAGCCUUCCGAUGAAGAGUCCUUCGGCGACGACGAGGAUGGCGAACCGCCAGAGGUUUCAUCACCACCUUACAAAAAGAAGACGGUUGUGAAAUUGAAGCUUCCGCCAGAAAUCCUCGCUCAGCCUGAAUUGAUCACUCGACGCACUACGCGGCGAACUCGGGGUGCUUCUGAGGAUAUGUAUGCCCUGACAAAUUCGGGUCAUCAUAUGGAGACAGUGGAGAGAGGCACCCAGAGCCCAGAGACCGCCGCGCAGCGCCGACGAAACAGUCGUGGUUUCAAACAGCCCGUCAUCCAAGAAGAGAUUGUUGAGCAGUCUGAGAUCCCCGCGUCCCUGGAGAUUCUCGAAAGUGAUGUUCCUCAGGAACCCACUGAAGGUGACACUGUUCUCAUGAAUGAUGGCGACGACGUUGAAAUGACCACGGAAGGCGUCGUUCCAGAGUCCGAAGUGGGCGAUGCGAAGAAUGAACAACAUGAUGACGAAGAUGAAGAUGAGGACGAGGAUGAGGGUCCCGUAUCUCGCAAGCGAACCCGGCAGUCUCGAGCCUCCGAGCAGCCUGAGACUACCAACGCCGAUGCAUCUGACGGCGCUCAACCACGUCGCUCAAGCCGCAAGAAGCCUUCUUCUCAGCGCAAAUCCCAGGCCGAUGAGAGCGACUUUGAACCCGAAGACGAGGAGUCCAAUGACGACGCGUCCGAUUCUGCAACAUCGAAUGGAUCCCCCCGAAAAGCCAGCCAAGCUCGCGAUGACGCGGAUGAUGAGGGACAUAGCAGUGCCGCUGGUCGUCGUCCUGGUUUGCGCAAACGCCCGACCCGUUCUCGUGGUCAUUCUGAGGUCGCAGAGGAGCUCGCCGAAGAGCUCCAAGAUCUCCGCGGUGGUCGGCCAAGACGACGUGUUGCGCAAGAAACUAUCUCCGAGAAGCCACGUCGAAGCCGCAAGGAAGUUGAUUAUCGAUUGAUUCGCCCAGAGCAAUUCUUGCCAAUUGAAGAUAUCGAGGAUAAUUUCGUGACUGAAUCGCCCUCUCGACGUGGCCGUGCUGGCGGCGGAGGUGGCUGGCAGCGAACUCUGUUCCCAACAGAUGGACCAUUCGGGGGUGGCGGUUUAUCGGCUAUUCUUGCGCCGCCUGGAGCACCUGCUGCAGCCGGAGGUGUUGACAGUGACAGCAGUGACGACGAAGCGACACAGCAACCCAAGCCCAUAGGGCUAUUACCUGGUGCAGGACUGGUCGCUCAAACUCAUUCGGCUGAUCCUGCUCAGCAAACUGCAGGUACACCUGCCAAUUUGGGUAAGAUCAAGGACAGGCAGGCGUUGGCGGAUGCCGACCCCUUGGGAGUGGAUGUGAACGUCAAUUUCGAUAGUGUUGGAGGAUUGCAAGGUCAUAUUGAUCAGCUGAAGGAGAUGGUGUCUCUUCCGCUUCUUUAUCCUGAAAUCUUUCAACGGUUCCAUAUUGUACCACCCCGUGGAGUCUUGUUCCACGGUCCUCCUGGUACUGGUAAGACACUUUUAGCCCGCGCACUGGCCAACAGUGUCAGCGCCGAAGGUCGAAAAGUCACCUUUUACAUGAGAAAGGGCGCAGAUGCCCUGAGCAAGUGGGUUGGAGAGGCUGAGCGUCAACUGCGAUUGCUCUUCGAGGAAGCUCGCAAAACACAACCGAGCAUCAUCUUCUUUGAUGAAAUCGAUGGCCUUGCACCUGUGCGAUCCAGCAAGCAAGAACAAAUUCAUGCUUCGAUCGUUUCCACUUUGCUGGCUUUGAUGGACGGUAUGGACGGUCGUGGCCAAGUCAUUGUAAUUGGUGCUACUAACAGACCCGACUCGGUUGAUCCCGCUCUCCGUCGCCCGGGCCGGUUCGAUCGCGAGUUCUAUUUCCCCCUUCCCAACAACGAGGGUCGACGGGCCAUCCUCGAUAUCCACACCAAGGGGUGGAAUCCUCCAUUGCCAAAUGAAAUUAAGGACGAGCUUUCUAAGAUUACAAAGGGCUACGGUGGUGCUGACCUGCGUGCGCUCUGCACGGAAGCUGCGCUAAAUGCCGUUCAGAGGAGAUACCCUCAGAUCUACAAGUCUGACAAGAAAUUGGUGAUUGACCCCAAGAACAUUGACGUGACGCCCAAAGACUUUAUGAUCGCCAUCAAGAAGAUGGUACCGUCGUCCGAGCGCUCUACAUCUUCAGGAGCUACCGCCUUACCUCAGAACGUGGAGCCUCUUCUCCGAGAACAACUACAAGAUAUUGAGACCUCGCUCUCAGAAAUUCUCCCCCAGCGCAAGCGACUGACUGCGCUCGAAGAAGCUCAGUUUGAAGAGCCAGAAGAUGGAAAUGGUUUCAAGCGAGAACAGAUCAUGCAAGACUUUGAUCGUUCACGGGUAUUUCGCCCUCGCUUGCUCUUGCGUGGUGCUCAUGGCAUGGGCCAGCAGUACCUUGCUGCAGCUCUUCUUCAUCACUUCGAGGGUCUGCACGUUCAGGCGUUUGAUCUUCCAACUCUGCUCAGUGACUCUACGCGAUCGCCCGAAGCUGCCGUGAUCCAACUCUUUGCAGAGGUCAAACGACACAAACCCAGUGUAAUCUACAUUCCAAAUAUUCAAACAUGGUUCGAGACUGUGGGCCCCGCUGUUCUUUCGACGUUCAUGGGUUUGUUGCGUUCAAUCCCGCCGACGGAUCCUGUCUUGCUGCUUGGAGUGCUCGAAUCAGCGGGCGAAGAUGUUGAUGCUAGUCUUCUCCACAAGUUGUUCGGGUACUCUAAGAAAAAUCUCUUUGAUUUGCACGCGCCCGGUGAGAAAGCUCGCCAUGAAUUCUUCGGCAAGCUCAUCGAAUACGUCAAGACGGCACCUUCAGAUUUCCCAGAUCCUGAGAAUCGCAAGAAACGUCAACUUGAAGAAUUGGAAGUUGCCCCUCCGCCACCUCCCAAGGCCGACAUACCCAUCUCCAAGCAGGAGCGCAAGGCUCAGAAAAAGAAAGAUCAUCAUACUCUCAACCUCCUGAAGAUUCGGAUUCAGCCGAUUAUGGAUCAGAUCAAGAAAUACAAGCGAUUCCGCCAGGGUGUUGUCGAUGAAAGCCAUAUCAGAUACCUGUGGGAAGAAGAGGAUCCGCAUAUCGUCACAAGUGAUCUCACUCCUGACCCGAUGACCAGCAAUCGGCCUUACGAGAAGGCCUUUGACAAGCACGGCUCACCUGGUCUUCGUGAGACAGCCACUGGUAAAUUCUACUACAACAUGGAGAUUGUGACGAUGGAGAAGCGAUUGUCAAAUGGCUUCUACAAACGCCCGUCUGACUUCCUGGCGGAUGUCAAGCGUAUCGCGAAGGAUGCGCGAACGCUAGGGGAACAAGAGCGGCUCCUCAGAGCAAAUGAGCUUCUGUCCAACGUGGAAGUUGAUAUUUCCACCAUUGAACAGACCGAACCAGCUCUCGUCGCAGAGUGUGAGAAUGUUUAUUUGCGGGAAAUGGCGCGUGAGAAGGAAGCCACUGAACGCGCACAGCGGGCGCAGGACGAAGUUCGGGCAGCUGCAUCUCGACCCGUGACCGCCGAAGAAGGGGACACUACGAUCCCCGAUCGUAGCGAGUUCUUCAAGACUGAUGCCCACGAGCGACCCGUCACGCCCAAUCAGCAUGGUAACGUCAGCCAUACCAAUGGUAUUCGCUAUCACAACGGCGGCGGCUCAGAUCUGAAUGAAUCAGGUCAUCAUGGUCACAGCAAUAGCUCUCAUGGUGAUGGUGAUGGCGAUGUCUUCAUGACCAACUCCGAGGAUCACUCCGGCAGCAAAGAUACCCAAGUGAGCUCCUUUGGGCCAUCUGCACAACCCAGACCGCCACAUUCGUACACUGCUCCUUCACAGCAAAUGCGUCGGGAGUCAGGUAUCUCCAGCUUUUCUCAGACAGGUGUUGUAACUCCCAUGGUCGCGGGGUCUCAGCCCGCCGAUUAUACCAACGAGGCUUCCACAACACAAACCACUUCGGACAAAAAGUCGUCAGGCCCGUCAGGUCAUUCGGGACAUUCUACGCACUCUGGUCAUCAUACACUCGAACAUACUCAGAGCUUCCACGGAUCACGAGAUGAAUUCCCUGAUCUCAACCAGUAUCCUGAUCGCGAUCCGCAACAGGAAGAGCACUUGCCUGACACUCAACAGGGCGCGAGCAGUCAACCAUCUCCUCGGCCCCGCGACCUGGUGCUUGGACCAGUCGAAGAUUUGAGUGCGAUAUACGGCAGCCAAUCUCAGCUGAAGCCUCAACCUCCCUUGUUUGAUGCAGAUCAGACUAAGCCUAUGCCUGAGCUGAUCAUCGACAUGGAACACAUUGAAAACCUCCAUAAGCAGCUCUCCCUACAGACCAGUGGAUGUUCGGUUGAGCAGCUCGAGCAAGUGAACACAUGUCUUAUGGAUUAUGUCUGGCGCAAGCGCGGUGAGUGGGAUCGCACAGCGGUCGCCAUUGGUGUCACUGAUACCUUCAAUGCUGUCAUGGACGACAUGCAGUCUCUCCAGGAGAUUGGAGCGAUCAGCCAGAAUACCAAGGAUCAGCUGGGCCACGCUAGCUUUUCCGCAUGA